GUUGUUUGGUUUUGAAGUAAUCACAAAAGUUAGGUUAAAAUUUUCGUUUUUAUAAAUAAUGAAUUAAAUUUUUACAAGAAAUAGAUUAUUUUAUUAAGUUUGGAAAACGAAAACAAAAUUUCAAUGAUGACUGGAAUGAUACAUUGUCAGUUAUGGAUGGGCAGUUUAGAACCAUACAUGACGGAAAGUUUCAUAAUGUUAGCAUUUCAAAAAAUGGGCGAACAUCCACAAAAUGUGAAAGUAAUGCGAAACAAAUUCACGGGCGAACCAGCUGGAUAUUGUUUCGUACAUUUUCCAACCGACGAACAAGCAAUUGAUGCAAUGCAUAAAUUAAAUGGUAAACCAAUACCGGGUACAAAUCCAAUUGUACGAUUUCGUUUAAAUAAUGCAAGUAGCACGGGUCGAUCACUUUUAGAACGUGAAUUUUCUGUUUGGGUCGGAGAUUUAAGUCCAGAUGUUGAUGAUUAUAGUUUGUAUCGAGCUUUUGCGUCACGUUAUAACACGAUCAAAACUGCAAAAGUGAUUCUAGAUAACUCCGGAUUUAGUAAAGGCUACGGAUUUGUUCGGUUUGGUAGUGAAGACGAACAGAAAAAUAGUUUAACGGCAAUGAAUGGUUACAUUGGUUUAGGCAGCAAAGCCUUAAAAAUAUGUAAUGCAGUACCAAAACCAAAAGGGGCAACCACAAUAUCAUCCCCACCACAAAGUACCACCACACUAUCGCCAGCACCCUCAAAUUCUGCACCUCCAGCACAAACGUACACGACACAAUCCCAAGACUAUUCACAGUAUUAUGAUCCGUCCGCGUACUGGCAAAAUUACGCUUGGCAAGGUUACUACGAUCAGACACCUGAGUUUUGUCAAUCGACCACGGAGAAUGUGUUAAUUGAUACGUCUGCGUUGAGUGGUAGCUCCUCGUAUAAUGGGCAUGGUAUACAUACUUCUCAUAGUUCUUUACCAGAACCAACUCAAGCGAAAAUUGACGAUGAUUUAGAAUUAAUUGAACACUCAACGGCUUUGGAUGUAGAUAAACUAAAUAAGGAAUUAUGUGAACAGGAUAAAGUUUUAUGGGAUUCCUUAGAAAGUUCUAAAUGGUUACCGUGUGAAGGUCUGUUAGAAAUUUGUUAACUUUAUUUAAUAUCAAUCACUAUAUUUUGUAAUUAUUUUAGAAAAAAAUUUUGAUUUCCAUGAAACGUUUAAGGAUUGUUUAAACGAUGUGGAAAAUCCUUAAUUGUUUUAUGAAAAAUUGUACAAUUAAUUAAUUUUAUUUUAUAUGAAUUAUGUGUGUAGAAUGUGUUUUAACACUUUAGUACAAUGAAACUUAAAAUUAAAAAGGAAAAACUUAAUGCAUCUUUGAAAUUUUCCACAAUCCAAAAAAAAAUCGACCUC